AUGCCAGUCAAAUUGCAGCCUGAAGUUCUCUUGGUGGCUGCCCUCGCGGUGGCCGUUCUCUUGUCCUACAAGCAGACCACAGCGUUUCUCAAGAAAAGACUACACCACGUCAAGACGCACCCCGACGUCAAGAGUGACCCAGAAGCCGCAGGCAGCAGACGCGGGUCCAGAUACAGUGCGGGAGAAGGCGAAGUGCCAGCACCCAAGCCGUUGAUGAUCACCCCCGAACAAGUGCACAACUAUGACGACCGGCCCUGGAGGCCCUUCCGGUGGCCUUACCACCAGACGAUGUCGAUUUUCAAGCUUGAUAUCAACCACUGGCUCGACAUGGACAAGUACUACAUCCACUACAUCGAGGAGAAAAAGCGGAUCUGGAUGAAGUACGGCAAGCAGAACAUCGACUGGUUGCCGGAGAGCGAGGACGCGUGCUUGGAGUUGAUGGAGAUGGUCAUGGACCACAUGGUUGCGCGGUAUCCCUUGUUGUUCACGGUGUUGAAGCACGGCACCUACGACAGCAAGCCUGGCAGCGGACGCAUCAUCAAGAACGAAAUCACCCACGAGAUCUUGGACAUGACCUACCCCCUCAAGGAGCACCCGUUACUCUACGUUUCCAAGGUGGCGAAGGAGGACUUCUAUGUGGCUCAGAAGAACCCUGAAGACGGCAAGCACUAUCUUGUGGCCGCUGCGGUUCCGUUUCCAGGAGGCCUGUUUGGCAUCGAUGAGAAGCUCGGCAAGAACUUGGAUGUGAUCCAUGCAGAUGUGCCCUAUUACAAGGAAAAAUUGCAAAAAUCGAUGGAAAGGUGGUUCGACCGCAUGAAGGCCAGCGACCCCGUGGAAAGAGCCAGUUGGUACGUCACCUGGGACCACAAGUUGAAGACCAACAAUGUGUACCAGUUGCCACAGCACAACCCCAACAGCGAGGCCGACUUGAAGUCGACCGACCCCCGCGAGUUCAAUGUGCGGGUGGAGCGCCAGACGUUGCGCAGGCUUCCCAAGUCCAAGGCGAUCAUCUUCACCAACCACCCCAUCUUCUAUUCGAUCGAGGAGAUGAAGGACGAGCCCAUGGUGCCCUCGUUGCUCCGCAAGAUCCUCUACGAGGGUCCCGAGGAUAUCGUCAAGUACAAGAACUUCGCAAAGUUCCGCGAUCAUAUCGUGGAGUACCUUGACGGACUCGUGCAGCGGCAGAUCGACCACGGGCUCAUUUCCGCGGACCAGCCGUUGAAGACGUUGCCCACCUAUCCGUUUGCCCACUGGGCCACCACCGACUUCGACCACGUCAACGGCUGGACCAACCCCAGUCCCGCCUACACCAAGUCCGACAACUACACGGCGCGGGCCAAGCAAGAGAUAGGAGAGCAUGACUAG